AUGGCCAGAUUGUUUUUGGAGAAGUUUUUCCCUUCCUCUCGAGCCAUUUCAAUCAGAAAGGAGAUAAGUAGCAUAAGACAAGCAAAUGGGGAGAACUUACAUGAGUACUGGGAGCGGUUUAAAAGACUUUGUACAAGCUGUCCACGUCACCAGAUUCCAGAGCAAUUGCUGAUUGUCUGCUUCUAUGAAGGCUUGUUGCCUAUGGACAGAAACCUUUUGGAAGUAGCCAAUAGUGGAGUCCUAGUCAAUAAAACACCUGUUGCGGCAAAAGAGUUGAUUGUAGAGAUGGCAGCCAAUGCUCAACAAUUUGACACUAGAGCGAACAACAGUGCACAGCAGACUGAGUCAUCAAUUCAGAACUUACAGACUCAAAUCGGGCAAUCAGCUACUUCUGUGAGUCAGACCCAACCUCAAGGGCCCAGUUCUCUUCCUUCCCAGACAGUUCCAAAUCCGAAGGGGAAUGUCAGUGCUAUAUCCCUAAGGUCUGGCAAGCAACUGGAAGAUCCCAAGCAAGCUACAAAUAAGAGAGUCGCUCAGUCCAAAAAAUUGGCAGAAAAAGCACAAGAGAAGGAGAUUCUUGAUACAUUCAGAAAAGUUCAAUUGAACAUUCCACUCUUGGAUGCAAUCAACAAGAGUGAGCGAGUGAGCGUGAGUCACAAUGUCUCAGCCCUCAUCCAACCCAUGCCAAAGAAGUGCCAAAAUCCAGGGACAUUUACUAUUCCUUACAUUAUUGGAAAUUGUAAAUUUGAUGAUUGCAUGUUAGAUUUAGGUGCUGCUAUUAAUGUCAUGCCUGAGAGUCUGGAAGAGCAUUCUAUUUUCUGCAUUGAUGUUAUUGAUGAGGUUGUUGAUGAUGUUUCUGCUAGGUUAAUUGUUGGUUAUACAGAUUUUUCAUCUUACCAUGACAUUGUUGUUUGUGGCUGUGCUGAUAGAGAAUGGUGCAUUGUUUGCACCAAAUUUUCAAGUUUUUCCAGUUUCAGUGAUGCAUUGAUUCAAGAUUCUGAUACUAAUUUUGUUGAUGCUUCUGAUUUGAUUGAGGAUCCUGCUUUUCCUGCAUGGCUGAUGUGCAUACUACUGAACUGGUACAACCCACCAGACUUUUCCUAUCCACCAAGCAGCCCCCCUAAGCUAGAACUAAAGGUUCUACCAGAUCACUUGAAGUAUGCCUACCUAGAGGAGAAUGAGCAGCUGCCAGUCAUUAUAGCCAAAAACUUUCUUCCUGAUCAAGAAGAGAAGCUGCUAAGCUUGUUGAAAGAAAAUAAGAAGGCGAUUGGUUGGACUUUAGCUGAUCUUGUUGGUAUCAUCCCUUCUAUGUGCAUGUGUCGAAUAUCAUUGGAAGAAGGCGUUAAGCCAGUGCGACAACCCCAGAGGCAUUUGAACCCCCUCAUUCUAGAUGUGGUGAAGAAAGAAGUGACUAAGAUGUUACAAGCUGGCAUCAUUUACCCCAUUUCUGACAGCCAAUGGGUCAGCCCAGUUCAGGUGGUUCCUAAGAAGUCUGGUGUAACUGUUGCAGCUAACCAGAAAAAUGAGUUAAUCCCCACAAGAGCUCAGAAUAGUUGGACAGUUUUCAUAGACUACCAGAAGCUUAACCAAGCCACCCGCAAGGAUCACUACCCUUUACCUUUAUUGAUCAGAUGCUGGAGCGGUUGGAUUCUAUCGGCGUUUCAUUCAAGGUUUCAGCAGAUUGCCCUGCCCCUGUCUAACCUUCUGCAAAAAGACACAGAUUUUGAGUUUGGUGAUAAGUGCAAGUCGGCUUUUGAUCAGUUGAAGCGAUGCCUAACCAUUACUCCAGUGAUCCAACCGCCAGAUUGGUCUCUUCCAUUUGAGCUGAUGUGUGAUGCCUCUAACUUUUCUAUUGGUGUUGUUCUUGCUCAGCGGAUUGAUAGAGCCCCGCAUGUUAUUGCUCAUGCGUCAAAAACCUUGGAUUCUGCCCAGUCUAAUUACACUACCACUGAAAAAGAACUUUUGGCUAUCGUUUUUGCACUUCAUAAGUUUAGAUCAUAUUUGCUUGAUACUAAGAUAAAAGAUAGGAGAGGAGCAGAGAACUUGGUAGCUGAUCACUUGAGCUGUGUCACUCACAUUCUAUCAGACCCUUCCUCCAUUCGGGAUGACUUUCCUGAUGAGAAGCUUUUACAGCUGUUUGGCAUCCCUAGAGCUAUCAUCAGUGACCAAGGCUCUCACUUUUGUAACCGAAGCAUGGAUGCUUCGCUACGGAAGUACAGAGUGACUCACAAGGUUGCCACUGCUUACCACCCACACACCAAUGGUCAAGCUGAAUUCUCCAACAGAGAGAUCAAGCAAAUCCUCCAGAAGACUGUUAAUUCUAACCGGAAGGAUUGA